AUGGGAGAAGUUGGUAAUAAUAUUGAAGAAUUACCUCUCCAUAACCUUGCCGAUAGUAGCAUCAAAGGCCCUCAGUUACCUCUUCAAGUCAUCACCAUUGCAGCAAGUUCCAUCAGAGAAACGGACAGUGCUGCUACAAGUACAAGCAUGAGAAUUUAUGAUUACCCAGAUAAUACAGAAAGUCGGUCUGAGGUCAACCCACAAGAGGCUUGGCUUCCUAUUACAGAAUCAAGAAAUGGCAAUACUGUUACUUCGUUAGGAAAGUUGCUAGCUAUAUUCCCAGUAAUGUACUUAUCAGGAGGCAUAAGUGUGAUGCUGAUUAUCAAAGGAGCUGGAACCAUAGAACUUUUCUUCAAAAUGAUGUUGGGAGAUGGGGCCGAUGCCAAGUCAUUGUCUGGGGCAGAGUGGUUUUUGAUCUUCACCUGCAUGGCUAUAGGAUUGGCUCAACGGCCUAACUUGAAUUCCAUUGCUGGGUUCUCUCUUAUCGGUGCAGUCACCGCCAUUGGUUACUGUACUCUGAUUUGGGUACUCCCCGUCUCUAAGGGCAGACCUGGUGGUGUUUCUUAUAAUUCAUUGAAGGGGGAAUCUAAUAUGUCUGGAAUGUGUGAUGUCUUGGAUGCAAUUGGAAUAGUUGUGCUUGCAUUCAGGGGUCACAAUCUUGUGCUUGAGAUCCAGGGUACCCUGCCUUCAAGUUCAAAACAUCCAUCAAAAAAGCCAAUGUGGAGAGGAGUGACUAUCUCCUACACAAUAGUAGCCAUGUGUUUAUUUCCUCUUGCAAUAGCUGGAUUCUGGGCUUAUGGAAACAAGGUAAACACAAUCACUUUCUGUUCUACAAUCAAUGUAUUGCAGCAUCACUGGCAAUCUUUUGCAGAUGCUAAUUAUUUGCUACCAUUUUUGGCAGAUACCUUCAGAUGGAGGGAUGUUGACCGCAUUUUUGAAUUCCAUGGACGUGACACUUCAAAAUUUGUGAAGGGCCUGAUCUACUUGCUGGUGGUGAUUAACUGCCUUUGUUCCUUCCAAAUAUAUGCCAUGCCAGUUUUCGACAACCUUGAAUUUAAGUACACUAGCAAGAAGAACAAGCGAUGCCCAUGGUGGAUUCGCACCGGUUUUCGGCUCUUUUUUGGAGGAUUGGCCUUCUUUAUAGCCGUCACUUUUCCAUUUUUACCUAGCUUAGCUGCUUUAUUAGGAGGGAUCACCUUACCCCUUACACUGGCUUAUCCAUGUUUUAUGUGGAUUUCGAUCAAGAAACCCCAUCAAAAUGGGCAUGUUGUCAUGUGGUGUCUUAAUCUAGGACUUGGAUGCUUAGGCAUGGUUCUUAGUGUUCUAUUGGUGGUUGCAGCUGUUCGGAAUUUGGCUACCAAUGGCCUACAUGCCAACUUCUUCAAGCCCAGUUGA